CAAUAAAUUUCUUAUUGUUAAUAGAACCACAAAGAAUGGAAGAAAAGGUGCAACUAAGAGAGACUUUAAUCAAGAGUGGAAAAGACGAUUCAGAUGAGCAAAGUAUACGUACUGCCAGCAUUAGCUCAUCAAUUUAUAACCUAAUAAAUGGUAUUUUAGGGUCAGGUAUUCUGGUAUUACCCAUGUCUGUCUCAAAAUUUGGUUGGCUUCUAGGAGUUUUGUUCCUAGUAUUGUUCGCAUUCCUUUCCGCAGUUACCUGCUACCUUCUCUCUGAAAUUUACUACUUUACAGGUAGUACAACAUACGCAGGAAUGGGAAGAGAGCUUUUCGGGAAACCAGCGGAAUACAUUAUCAACUGCAUCCAAGUUCUCUACGGCCUCGGCGCACUUUUCAGCUAUACCAUCGUUGCUGCAGAUGAAUCUCACUACGUCAUGGAAAAAUUCCUGGGGUCUGUGAAGCCGAGUUCAUGGAUGUACUGGUUUGUCGAUCGAUCGAGUCUUCUAUCAAUCAUUACUCUUCUGUUUAUCAUCCCUCCUGCCCUUCUCCCUCGGAUGGAUCAUCUUCGCUUCACAUCCUUCGUCUCCAUAGGAGCCAUCGCAUAUCUACUCAUUGCUCUCAUCAUUCGAAUUCCUACAACGGGAGCGUGCGCUUUAGCCGAUCAAGCCACGUUCGCUUGCUCCACACUUCAGCAGUGUGUGAUUCAGAACGAUCCCUCCCUAGUCGAGUAUGCCAACCUCACGGCCUGCUUGGAAGGUUGCGAGCAUUGUACGGUCGAAAGCUCAUCGCAUCAUUUUACCGCGAUUGCUUUUGCUGCGGGAGCUUUCUUUUCUCUCCCAUUCUUCUGCUUUUCAUCGACUUGCCAAGUGCAGUUCGUCCCUGUUCUGGCUGAAAUGAAAGAACCCACAAGGAAGAACGUGGUUACGGUGCUUGCGUGGUCGUUCCUAUCGAUUUCGGUUAUCUAUGUGAUAGCUGGAGUGACGGGUUACUACUCUUUCUGCGGUUAUAUUGUGGGAAUCUGCGAAUUCAAUGAGGAUUAG